AGUUAUCUUGAAUUUUAAAUCAUGUUCGGCUUCCUUUGCAAUCUCAUUGUUCUCCUCGGCCUUAUUGCUAUGGCCACUGCACAAAUCGGACUCAACACUGGAUUGGGACUCGGACCAGCUGGAGGAAAUAUGUAUGGAAAUGGAUAUGGAAACCAAGGAGCCUACGGAAAUGCCGGUGUUGGAGUCAAUCCAGGUGUUGGAGGAGGACUUGUUGGAGGACUUUUGGGAUAACUUGUUUUCGGUUUUUUUUUUUGAAAUUUGAAAUGUAUUAAUUGUGAAUAUGCAAUACAAAUAUUUAUUAAACAUGAA